AUGAGAUCUGAUGUUGAAGAACAUAAAGGUAGUGGGAAUACAUUUAUAACCGAAUGUUUUACAAAUUGGAAAAAGAGUGAUAGGUUUCAAAAUCAUGUUGGAGGCACAAAUAGUCCUCAUUAUCAAGCUUGGAAAAAUUGUGAAGCUCUAAUGAAACAAGCACAACACAUUGAUGUUGCUUUGUGUAAACAGUCUCAUCAAAUUAAGGAACACUACCGAAUUCAUUUGACUGCUGUAAUUGAUUGCAUUCGUUUUUUAUUGCGCCAAGGGUUAGCUUUUCGUGGUAAUGAUGAGUCGGAGUCUUCAAGUAAUAAGGGAAAUUUUCUUAAGCUGCUAGAUUUUCUUUCCAACCACAAUGACACUAUUGCUCAAGUUUUGAAGAAUGCUCCUAAAAACCUCAAACUAAUAGCUCCUAGUAUACAAAAAGAUAUUGUUAGAGCCGCUGCUAAUGAGACUACUAGAGCCAUACUUGAUGAUUUGGGAGAUAAUUUAUUUGCUAUUUUGGUUGAUGAAUCUCGAGAUAUCUCAGUUAAGGAACAAAUGGUUGUGGCUUUGCGUUAUGUGAAUAAGAAAGGACAAGUUAUAGAGUGUAUUCUUGGUCUUGUUCAUGUUUCCAACACUAAUGCUUCAUCAUUGAAAUUGGCUUUGGAUUCAUCUUUUGCAAAAUAUGGGUUAAGCUUGUUAAGAUUACGUGGACAAGGAUAUGAUGGAGCAAGUAAUAUGCAAGGUGAAUUUAAUGGGCUCAAAAGUUUGAUAUUGAAAGAGAAUAGAUGUGCAUUCUAUAUUCAUUGCUUUGCUCACCAACUCCAAUUAGCUCUUAUUAUCGUAGCAAAAAAGCAUGUUGAAAUUGCAUUGUUUUUUAGUAUAGUUGCUAAUUUGUCUAAUGUUGCUGGAGCUUCGUGUAAGCGUCGAGAUAUUCUUCGUGACAAACAAGCUACUAAGGUGAAAGAAGCAUUGCAAAAGGGAGAAAUCUCAAGUGGACGUGGCUUGAAUCAAGAAAUUACUAUCAAGAAGGCAAAGGAUACAUGA